AUUGUGACUUCCGGUUUAUUUCCGGGUUAUGACGAAGUACAAUAACAGCGAUAAAUACGGACAAAUUAUCAUUCCAGUGAAAAGCUGCAGAGGCGAGAAAGUGGGAAGGGCCUUGCCAGCCUGAAAGGUGCCUCUGCAUUGAAAUGGUAGUUUCCAUGCCAUCACAGGAGGGACAGACAUGUAAGGAAAAGGUCAGUCAGCUUCACAAAAGAUUUGGAAGAGCGUUGCCUUCUCUUUCUAAAGAUGAUGAAGUCUUAAGAUAUGGUGAAGAAGAAGCCAAAACUGGGUGUAAUACCAUUUCUGAUUAUCGUGACUUGCAACAACACAGAAAAAAAGAAGAGAGCAAAAAGUCAGAGGAAAAGAAGAGUGAAAUCCGUUUAAACAUUGAAGGAAGUCAGGGAAAAAAAACCACCAAAAACAAAAAGGAGUGCAAAAGGAAUACAAAGUUCAAGAUACCUAAAAUUGUUCCAAUUAGUCUGAUCGUGUUCGGGUUGAUCUGCCAGGCUGGUACUGUUCCCGUCCAUGGUAGACCAGUUCUCCCUCUGAAUGCUUCUACAAGUUCUUUACCGCCUGAACCCAACCUGUUGGAACCAUUCGGCCACGAGUCUCUCAGCCGCAUGCCAAGAGCUUCGCAACAACUGCAACCGACUGAGAAAGUCACAAAAUCAGCGAUUCUAGGGCUGUUGUCCAAGCCCCUUGCUAUAAAGUCGUCAACAAGGCCUCAUGGACGUCAACCCAUAGUUAGCGAGAAGGCUAGUCAACUUGGUCCACAGCAAAUUGCUGACCGAGGAGAAAAACCCUUCCAUGUUGAUGUUCAAAAUUGCUCUGUGGUGGAAGUCUUCCCCAAAGAUGACAAUGAUAUCUGUGAUGUGGCAGUGAACAAUGUUUCUGUUGGCAGCUGCGUUUUUAGACAUGAAGCAGAAAUCAGAGAUCCCAAAUUCAUGGAAUUGUAUAGUAUAUUCCUCACAGAAAGGGGAAGUUGUAUAUUUAUAAUACAUCGUUGCAUUGGAACCCAGCUGAAUGUGAACAUAUCAUCUACCAAGGGAUAUGAAAAUGCCACACUUGAUGGGAAAGCCUACCCACUCCUCAAUGACUCUGUCAACUUGAAUUAUACUGUGAGAGCUCCUCAUGGUGCACAAGAAGUGGAUCCCGAAACUGACGUUCCUCUUAACAGGUCAACAGAGACAGAUACAGACACCAACGAAAAAGAAUCGGAAGUGCAAGACAACGGAUUGCCAGCGUGGGCUAUUGUCCUUAUAGUGAUUGCAGUCAUCCUGAUUGUUGCAAUCCCGAUUGCAGUAAUUGUAUGGAAUCAUUUCAAACAGAAAGCUUCACAUGGUGCUGAAGUAGUUGACCAAGGAGAGGACGUUCCUCUUUCCACGUUUUGUGAGAUAGUUACGGAAACCAACGGUGCAGAUGUAUCCAAUGGUGACGUUCCUAACACAGAUGCAGUAGCAGAUGAAGCCAUUAAUGACUCUGAAAGCAUACUGCCUGAAACUGGAAUUCCAAGAGGACUUGUGGGCGAACGGGUGAAACAAUUUUCUGGGAAUACUCAUCCAGGACCAAAUGGUCUACCCAGCGUUUCCUAGGCAUCCCAAGCUAUGCAAUCCAACCAAUGAUCACAUUUGCAGAACCACAUGUUAUUUUGGAAAUUUGUAUUAAACUGGAUAUAUAUUUAUAGAACACAAAUACAAACAAUCACCAACCAGAAACAUGGAACGACAGAUUAAAACUCCAAAAACAACACACUAAAUAUAUUCUUUGUAUAAAAAUAGUGUUCGUCAAGGAUUGUUAGGUACCGCCUUGGAGUAAAAUGUAAAUUAAAUUGGGGCUUAAACUACUUUGCACAACCUCACUCAUUUUCCAACAUUUCAGAAUAAAGUAAUAAUGUAAAUAGUAAAUAUUAUCAAAGUAAAGGCACGUGUUCACAGAUUUUAUGCUGGCACCUUUGAGAGUUCAAAUUGAGUUAUUUUACGUACUUUUAUGUAAAAAGACCAAACAGCACUUGCCAGAAAUUCAAAAUUCAUUAGGGUUACUAACUACUAUCUUGGCAAAAUAGAGCAUUAUUUGUCACAUGUGUCAAUAAUUAUUACUACUAAAGCCAAUUUUGGUAGAUCUAUGUUUUAUUAUUGUUAAAAGCAGCAUCUUCACAUUUCACAUUAAAUAAAAGAAAACAUAUUUUUGACCCUAUUAAAUGUGAACAAGACCCUUUAAACUUCUUUUAUCCACAUCAGACUGUGUCAUGAAUAACAUCGAAUGAUAUUUAUAUGCAUAAUUAAAAAUUGCUAUGCUUUUUUUCCCUUUCAAUACAAUUUACAACAUUGCAUUGUAAGGUUGUUUGGAUGUUUGUGAUUGAUUGUGUGUCAGUUAGUUUUGUUUUGUUUGCAUGAUGUUAGGUAGUUUUCUGUAAUUGGUUUGUGUUUUGUACUGUCCGUGUGCUAUAAGUAAGUGUUGUCAUUUAAAAUUAUUAUGCAGGCAUUAUAUUGAAAUGUAAUAUUAUAUAAACGCUAUCCCAAUUAAUGUUACACUUUCAAAAAAAGAAAAACAGACUUCAAUUCCAAAACGUUGAAUGAAAACAUGUUUUAAUUCAAUUGUUAAAUUUGGUCAAAGCAUAUUCAGUUUUCAAAUGUUGCUUGCGUUUUAUUCAUUUUCUAUAAAAACUGUCAGUUUAAAUUUCAUACUAUGUUCUUACUUGUUUUUGAACAUUUGAGUCAGGAUAUGGCUUUUGAAGUGCUUUAUUGUACUUGUAUUUUGAAUUUUUGAUUAAGGUAUUUGAAUAUUUCAUUGAGGUGUUGAAUGAUAAUGUGCUUAUUGCACUAGUUUGCUUUAAAAAGGAAUACAAUGUAUAUGUAUUGGAAAUAAUAAUAAAAGUACGAAAUUCAACGGUAUAUUAAAAUUAUAUUUAAAAAAAUAGCGCUGAACAUUUCAACCGUUCGUAUCAAAUAGCCAUUGUUCAGAAUUCAUAAAUUUUGAGCAUUACUUUUUGCGAACAUCUGUUUAUGCAACUAUGCAAUAACAUUCCAAGGAAUUUGUAUUGUAAAUUGUACUAAUGUGUCUUUGAACAAGUACAUAUAUUCAUAUAUAGGUAUACAUAUUCUACGUAAGCAUUUAAUACAAACAAUUGUGAAAUAAAUUUUGAUCAAGUUAUAAAUGCAUUUGGUGUUAUUUGAAAAUGAGCAAAUGAAUUUACGUUGAGAAAUCUGGAAGUAAAUAGUUCACUCCUGUCUAUGCCAUAGUCACAAAUAAAAUAAUUCAUGUCUUGCUGAAUGAAUGGAGCAUGGAACAAUUUUUUGUCUUUGUUUUACUAUGUAUUGUUCGUGAAUGAAUGCGUGUUUGGAAAAAUGCUGGCAUUAGUUUAGUAGUUUUCUUAUGUUUAUUGCAGACAAUGUACCUUAUAUUCACUGUUUUAUCAAGUGUAUUAUGUGUGGAUGAAUGCAUGUUUACACAAAAAGGCUGGCAUUAUUUAAGCAGUUGUUCGUCUCAUGUUCGAUGUUAACAUAUUUUCUCUGUGCCAUAUCAUAUAAGUCUUUGCUAGUAAAGGUUAAGAUAUAUCAUGUAAAUGUUUGUUUAUAACUGCAGCCAAUGUAAAACAUUCCCGAAAAUCCUGAUUAAUUCUGAAGUUUUGUCAAUGUUGGCUUUACUGUUUGUUUACUUAGCAAUAUUUAUCACAAAAUGGCAAUGUACCAAUCAAAAUCAUUUAGAUGUGCACAAUAACGAAAAGAUUACAUGUGGAUUGCUUAUUGAACAGUGUUUCAUACAAUUGGCUGCCGAUGUUUACUGUGGCAUUCCUUUAUUUACAGAAUAUAUUAUAUAUCUAUAGUAAUAGCAUCAUUAUACAGUCUUUGUAAUUAUGGCAUAGCUUUAACUGUUCUUCUUUUAGAUGUUCAUUGUUUCUUUGAAAUUGGAAAGAUUAAAAAGCAUUUUUGUUCCAUUUAUGUUCAGUUAUAAAUGUAUUUAUUUAUAAUAUGGCAUUCCUAAAUUGUUCAAACUAAAUAGAUAUAUAAAGUAUGGCAUUGUCAUAAAAUGUCUACUUGACAACGUUUUAACAUUGACAUAUUUUUUCAUAACUGAAAUGUAUAGCAAUUGUGCUUGUGAUACUUAAUUCAGAAAGAAUUGCUAUGAAUGUUAAUAACUGAAAACUUUGUGUCUAAAUGUGAAUGUACAAUUCUCAUUACUUGUCCAAAUUGAAGUCAUCUCUGAAUAUCUGAAAUAAACUUAUUUUGCCAGCCA